AAGCAGCAGCAUGAUCCCCAGGCAGCCCAUCGUCCUCUUCCUCUGCUCUCCGUGGGGCCAAGUGGCCAGCAGGCGGCAGCAGCAGCAGCUUUGCACAGGGAGGCCUUAUGCAACCCAGGUCUCCUUCUCACCAGGAGCCCCUUCCCCAGGAGCCUCAGAAGAGUCCGGCUCCAGGAUCCCAGAGAGCCCUGCUUUCCGCCCACCCAGAGGAAGAUUUCAAGCUGCACCCAAAACAAGCCUUGCAGUUGGUCUCUGGGAAGAAGCUCCCAAAGAAGCUGUGUGUGUGUGUGUGCUGGGCUGAGGGAGCAGCUGAAGGGGAGGCCUUGCCUGUGUCUGGGCAUACACAAGGACAACACUUCCUUUGGCCAGACGGUCAAUCCUUCGGGUAUCCAUACAUAUUGCAAAUAACAUAAAACAGUGUUUUGCAUUCUCCAGGACUCUCUUUUAGCUCAGUCAUUCAAAGCUUUAAUAUCUUUUAUACUUUAAAACGUCAAAAUGGCAUUUAAAGUAUGUCUGACAUUAUAAUUUUAAAAAUGCCAAUGGUAGUUUUUAGGUGUUUAGGUCCUGCCUCCUGCUCCUUACCUAACCAGGUGCAAACAAAAGGCACCCCCCCCCCACAUACCAGAUGCUCAGGAAGAAUCUCAGCACUCGCCCCCCACCCAGCCCCGGUUGGUCACAGAAAGUCCCACCCGACUGCAGCUCCUGUUUCAGGGUUGGGGGAACCCACCAAGGCAGCCACUUUGACACAAGGGGCAGAGGUGGGAGCUGCCUGCUUCACUCCUGGCCAGAUCCAGGCUGGUUGUGGGGAGGGGGGUGAAAUGGGAAGACCUUCGGCAAGGCAAGCCAGGAGGGAGGGGGUUCUGCCCGUUGGCUGCCGGCUCCUUCGGCCCUCCGCUUUCCUUGGGUCUCGCCGUUGCCCUGCCGCCCCCUCCCCGCCUGCCCUCCGGCUCAUCAGGGCGCUGCCGAGGGUGCAGGGAGAGUUCGGCUGGGGGGGGGCGAGAGGUGGAGGGGUCCUGGGGGGGCCGAAAAGGGGAGCCCACCCGAUCGAGGGGCACAGCUGCGGGGGGAGGGGCGGAGGGUUGGCAACUCUUGCCUCCUUUCGGUGGGGGAUCGGCUUUUGGGGCCGCGGGAGCCCCCUCCGUCGGGCCCGAUCAAAGGAGCGGAGGGACUCUCGGAGCUUCAGCCGGGAGACCCCUCCAUCUCUCUCUCUCUCGCACGCCGGGCAGGCCCGGCCGAUCCCUGCGCCCCGGGGGAGGAAAGGGGGGCGAGGGGGCGGGGCGGCCGGAGCCCCGCCCGCGGAGCCUCACCUGGCGCGGCGCCUUUAAAGGCCUGGCAGGGCAGGCGGAGCCCAUUCAGCCAGCGGGCGCGCGAACGGAGUUUUGGCUGUUGCCGCCGCCGCCGGGCGUCCCUCUCCUCGACGGCAGCGAUGGGCUGGCGGCGGGCUGCGCGCCUCCUCCCCCUGGCCUUCCUCGUCCUCCUCCAGGUGGACCCCCGCCUAGCCGCCUGGCUGCCCCCGUGCCAUUCCGGCUACGUCUUCGUCGUGCCCGACGGGCGGCUGAGUCCGGGCCAGGUCUCGAGCGAAGUCAGGUCUGCCGAUUGCCCGGGAGGGGAGCCAGUUCUGGGCAGCCCCGACCUCCGAUCGCUGGCGGAUGGAAAGGUGGCAGCAGUGCAGCAGCGCUACAGGCAGGCGCGGGAGAGGCCUUCCAGGGUGCAUGCCAGAGAUUCCAGGGGGACCCAAUCAUCGGCCUCGGCUGUCCUGCAGAACAAAGGCCCCCCUUCUUCGCAGGGGGAGCCGAUGCCGGCCAAGCGGGUGGAAUGGCCGAAGUUCCCAUCGAUUCUGAAGCGGCGGAAGAGAGACUGGGUCAUCCCCCCCAUCAGAAUGCCUGAGAAUGAGAGAGGCCCCUUCCCCAAGAAACUGGUCCAGAUCAAAUCAAACCGGGACAAGGAAACCAAGAUCUUCUACAGCAUCACAGGGCAGGGGGCCGACACCCCCCCAGAAGGGGUCUUCAUCAUUGAGAAGGAGACGGGGUGGAUGAAGGUCACGCGGCCUCUGGACAGAGAGAGCAUCGAAAAAUACCAUCUGUUGUCCCAUGCGGUCUCUGAGAACGGCAAACCGGUGGAAGAGCCGAUGGAGAUCAUCGUCACCGUCACCGAUCAGAACGACCACAAGCCCGAGUUCACACAGGAGGUUUUCCGGGGGUCGGUCGUGGAAGGUGCAACCCCUGGGACGUCUGUGAUGCAGGUCACGGCCACUGAUGCCGAUGAUGCCAUUGAGACCUACAACGGGGUCGUUGCGUACUCCAUCCUGAGCCAAACGCCCCAGGAGCCCCAUCUGCAGAUGUUUGCCAUCAACCGAGCAACGGGGACCAUCAGCGUGAUCGCCAGCGGCCUGGACCGAGAGCGAGUGGGGGAAUACACCUUGAUCCUGCAGGCGGCAGACCUGGAUGGGCUGGGCUUGACCACCACAGCAUCGGCAGUGAUAGAAAUUACAGAUGCCAACGACAACGUGCCUGAAUUCACGGAGUCCAUGUAUUUGGCAGAGGUGGCGGAGAACAUGGAGGGUGUGGAGGUGGUGAGGCUGGCUGUGACCGACAGGGACGAGCGCCACUCUCCCGCCUGGCACGCCGUGUACAGCAUCGUUCAGGGCAACAGCGGAGAGUUAUUUUCCAUCUCGACGGAUCCAAAGACCAACGAAGGAAUCGUGACAACAGCAAAAGCGCUGGACUUUGAGACGGGAGAGCAGUUUGUUCUGCAGGUGGCAGUGGCCAACGAGGUGCCCUUUGCCGUGAAGCUGCCCACCUCGACAGCCACCGUGACCAUCAGCGUGACGGAUGCCAACGAGGCCCCCGUCUUUGCACCCCCGGCCUUGAAGGUGAAGGUCUCGGAGGACAGCCCGGUGGGACAGAAAAUUGCCACCUACGCGGCACAAGACCCAGACACUGCGCAGUCCCAGAAAAUCAGGUACUUGCUGGAGAGCGACCCUGCCCAGUGGCUGGAUGUCCACCCGGAAACCGGCAUCAUCACUGCCAAGGCACCCCUGGACCGGGAAUCUCCCUUGGUCCAGAACGACACCUACGUGGCUAUUGUGCUGGCGGUGGACGAUGGAAGCCCCCCAGCCACAGGGACGGGGACGCUGCUGCUGACCCUCCUGGACGUGAACGACCACGGCCCAGAGCCCGACCGGCGGAAGUUCACCGUGUGUAACCACAAUCCAAGCCCACAACUGCUGCGCAUCUCGGACAAGGACCUCCCGCCCCACACCUCCCCUUUCCAGGCGGAGCUGGUCCACAACUCGGAGGAGAACUGGUCGGUCGAGAUGGACAGCGAAGGGGAGACGGCCAUCCUGAAGCUGCUGAAGCCCUUGAAGCGAGAGACCUACGACGUCUACCUGCGGCUCCUGGACCAGCAGGGCAAGUCGCACCUGACCGUCCUCAGGGCCACCGUCUGCGAGUGCGAGGGGGAGGUGGACGAGUGUCUGGAGGGGCCGAUGCCCAUCGUCGGGGCGCCCAUCAUCCUUGCGGUCUUGGGGGCCGUCUUGGCCCUCCUGAUCCUGCUGCUGCUGCUGCUGCUCUUCGCGAGGAGGAGGAAGGUGGCUAAGGAGCCGCUGCUGCUGCCGGAGGACGACACCCGGGACAACAUCUUCUACUAUGGCGAGGAAGGAGGGGGCGAGGAGGACCAGGACUAUGACCUCAGCCAGCUGCACAGGGGCCUGGACCCCCGCCCAGAGGUCCUCCUGCGGAAUGACGUGGUGCCGGCCCCUUUGCCGGCCCCCCAGUAUCGCCCCCGCCCUGCAAACCCUGAUGAGAUCAGCAACUUCAUCUGUGAGAACCUGAAGGCUGCUGACCUGGACCCCACAGCGCCCCCCUACGACUCCCUGCUGGUCUUCGACUAUGAGGGCGGGGGCUCCGAGGGCGGCUCCCUCAGCUCCCUCAACUCCUCGGCCUCCGACCAGGACCAGGACUACGACUACCUGCACGAGUGGGGCAGCCGCUUCCAGAAACUGGCAGACCUGUAUGGGGGAGGCGUGGCCGACUAGGGGGCUCCGCCCUGCAGCCCAACCCCUCCCCGAAGCUGCGCUGACCAGCUUUGCUCGGCUGCCCUGACCACCACGCCCCGUUGGAAGCACAAGGGGCUGCCACGGACUUCGGGGGCUCCAGGAGACGAACCUUCGACCGUCUUCGCAGGGGGGCAGCUGCAACUCUGCUUCCUGGGCAGGGGGCAAAGGUGUCUGGGGAGGGGCUCUGUCCUGAGAGGGACCUGGCUGCAGGUUGUGAAGUCCCCAACUGCGCCUCUGUCUGGGGCUGCCCUGCUGCCAGGAGCUGAAGGUGCUGCCCAAGAUGGGGCUGGGCUGGGGGGGGGAGGGGAGGCUGCCGGAUGGUGCCCCCUCCCCACCUUCCUGACCUCUACUCACGUAUUGUAGCUGUUAGGACUUGAGAUUUCUUUCCUCUUUUUAUAGCACGUGUGAAAUAACUCGAUGAUCACUAAAGGGCUGGACAAUCAGGAUGUAAAGUUUUAAUAAAGGCUUUUUUUU